AUGUUUCUAAGUCAUAUUUACACUUUCCUUGUGGGAUUUAUUAAUUGUUUCUUUUUAAAGGCUUCUUGCUUAUCAUCUGAGUUCAACUUGAAUGGAGAUUAUUUAUUGGGUGGGCUUUUUCCUGUACAUGAAGUUGAUCAGGCGACACCCAUGUUCCCUCCGGAGGCCAUUGAAUGUAAAUGGCAAACUUUCACAACAUCUGGUUAUCAGAUGUUUCAAGUAAUGAGGUUUGCUGUUGAGGAGAUUAAUAACUCAACCACACUGCUGCCCAAUGUCACUCUGGGUUAUGAAGUUUUUGAUCAUUGUUCUGACACAAAGAAUUUCCCUUCAGUCUUCAGUUUUAUCUCACAGAACGGAUCAAUAAAUCCUCAAGAAAAACUCAACAACCAUCAGCCUAAAGUCAUUGGUUUAACAGGACCAUAUGGAAGCACAAAAACUAUUACUAUUGCACCACUGAUCACAAUGGACCUCAUACCACUGGUGAAUUAUGGAGCUUCUAGUUCUGAAUUGAGCAAUAAGCUUCUGUAUCCAACUUUUAUUAGAACAAUCCCUAGCAACAAAGACUUGGUACAGAUGAUUAUUCACAUCAUACAGUGGUUUGGAUGGAACUGGGUUGCCUUUCUUGGAGGCCCAGACAAUUACAGUGAAGAUGGCCUAAACCUUUUUUACAAGUAUACUAGUGAUACUGGCAUUUGUUUGGCCUAUCAGGAGACUCUUACAAUUCAGGGAAACUUCAACCAAACACUUAAAAAUAUCAAUAUGCUAAACAUCAAUGUCAUUGUGGUUUUCGCAUUGCCAAUAUAUGCAGAAAAUAUAGUGAUGGCUGCCAUAGAAAAUAACAUCAGAAACAAAGUUUGGAUUGCAAGUGAGACAUGGUCUAUGGAUCAGCAGCUUCUAAAAGAGCCAGGAAUUGAGAAGAUUGGAACAAUAAUUGGCAUUACAGAGAGAUUAUUAUCAUUGCCUGGAUUUGAUCAAUACAUUUACAAAAUCAAAGCAACUAAUGAAGAUAAUAAUGGUGAUGUUGAGAGUGAAAUCCAGAGUAAGAUAUGCAACCAAGAAUGUAAGGAAGGUGCAUUGCUGACUGUGCAGAAUAUUAUAAAUGAAAAUCCUACAUUUUCUUUUGCUAUUUACGCUUCAAUGUAUUCCAUGGCUCAUGCAUUACAUAAAGUUCUGCAGUGCAACACGAAUGAAUGCAGCAAAAAUAUAACAGUUAAACCAUACAUGAUUCUGAGAGAAAUUAAGAACUUGGAUUUUCCACUCGUUGGACGUCAGGUGAAAUAUGAUAUUAAUGGUGAUACAACCAUCAGUUACGCGGUAGUGCUCUGGCACACGGAAACAAAUCACGCAUGGAUUGAAAUGGUGGGCACGUAUGACACAUAUCCAGAAACUAUUUUUACCAUCAAUAACUCACUCAUGCCCUGGCAUAACAAUACUUCUGUUCCUUUCUCAAACUGCUCUGUUGAGUGUAAGGAGGGAUAUUCGAGGGAACAUGAGGGAUUGCAUGCUUGCUGUUUUCAGUGUAAAAAAUGCCCACAAAACACUUAUGUGGACUAUUCUCGAGACCCUUAUACCUGUUUUCCAUGUGCAGAGAGUGAAUGGUCUGAUGAGGGCAGCACAACCUGUAAGAUACGUGCUGUCGUCUAUCUACAGUUUACAGACAUUGCCUCCAUUCUUGUCAUAUUUUCUACUGUUUGCCUCAUUGCUCUGCUCAUUUUCAUCUUUUGUCUUUUUGCCUACAAUUACAACACACCAGUGGUGAGAUCUGCUGGUGGCAACAUGUGUUUCUUAAUGUUAGGGUGUUUAACAAUGUCGAGCAUAAGUGUGUUCUUUUUCUUUGGACAACCCACAUCUGUACAUUGUGUUUUGAGAAAUUUUAUAUUUACAUUUUUCUUCACUAUCUGUCUCUCUUGUUUGACCGUUCGUUCCUUUCAAAUUGUUUGUGUCUUCAAAAUGGCUGCAGAGUUCCCAGAAUUACACAGCUUGUGGGUAAAGCACAAUGGCCAGUGGCUCUUCAUUAUGUCGUCUUCUUUAAUUCAUUUCAUUUCUUGUGUAUUAUGGGCAACUGUCUCACCUGAUGAUCCCGUCAGGGACUCAAUUACUUUUAAUGACCAAAUUAUGCUCAUUUGUGAAAGGAGAAACACUGUAACCAUCAGCAUAGCUUUGUUCAUAAGUUGGUUUCUUGGUUUCCUGUGCAUCUCAUUUUCUUACAUGGGAAGAGAUUUGCCAAAAAGUUACAAUGAGGCCAAAUCAAUAACUUUCAGUCUGCUUAUGUACUAUCUGAGCUGGAUUAUAUAUUUCACAAUAUAUCUUAGCUUCAAAAGCAAAUACGUCCUGCUUUUGAACGCACUUGCCCAAAUAAGCAGUAUAUAUGGAAUUCUCUUCAGCUAUUUCAUACCAAAAUCUUACAUCAUGUUAUUUCAACCAAAGAAAAACACUGCUGCAUACUUUCAAACAUCUAUUCAGAAUUACACACAAACCAUUAGUAGAACUUAAAUCACAACAGACAUGCUACCAAUCCUGCCAACUACUGAGUUCAAUUACUGAUUGAGAUUUCCUGCAGGGCGGGG